AUGGAGGCCAACGAACAGAACCUGGCUGCCCUGGCCCACUAUCUCGAAAACACACUCAAUCCCGCAUCUCGCAAAGAAGCCGAGCAGUUCCUCGCCGGAGCAGAGGCCAAUCAAGGCUUUCCGAUCCUGUUGCUCAGACUCCUCACGGUUCCCAGUGUCGCCGAAACCACAAAGUUCUCGUCCGCCGUCUACUUCAAGAACUACGUCAAGAAGCACUGGCCCAACGACGGCGCUCCGGACGACAAAAUCCAUCAGGAUGACCGUACCAACAUCAAGCGCAUUUGCGUCGAUCUUAUGAUUGCUCUACCUCAGAAGCUGCAGAUUCAGAUCAGCGAGGCUAUUGCCCUGAUCGCUGAUUGCGACUUUCCGGACAAGUGGCUUGAUCUGGUCGACAUCUUGGUCUCUAAAUUGAACAUGGUGGACUUCAAUGUCAACAUUGGCGUUCUCCAAACCGCCCAUUCCAUCUUCAAGAGAUGGCGCUCGCAGUUUCGCUCGAACGCCCUCUUUGCAGAUAUCAAGUUUGUCUUGGAGAGGUUUGCUGCGCCAUUCCUCCAGCUGUUCCAGGCUGUCGACAGCCUGAUCGAUAGCAGCAAGGCCGACGAGAAGAACCUGCGAGUGCUGUUUGAGGUCCUCUACCUGAUCACCGAGAUCUUUUACGAUCUCAACUGCCAGGAUCUGCCCGAAUUCUUUGAGGACAACCACGCCGAGUUCAUGCGGCUUCUGCACAAGUAUCUUGUCUAUCAGAACCCUUUGCUCGCUUCCUCGGAUGACGAGGCCGGCCAUUUGGAAAAAGUCAAAACUUCGAUCUGCGAGAUCAUCCAGCUCUAUGCCGAUCGAUACGCCGAUGACUUCAAGACUCUGCCUAACUUUACCGAAACAGUCUGCGGUCUGCUUGCUGCGACCAGCAGUGAGGCUAAAUAUGAUUCGCUUGUCUCGCAUGGUCUGUUUUUCCUGACCACAGUUGUCAAGGCUACCGAGAGCCGCACGCUUUUCCAAAACGUUGCUGUGUUGCAAACAAUCUGUGAAAAGGUCAUCCUCCCAAAUAUCGAGCUUCGAGACUCCGAUGAGGAACUGUUCGAAGAUGACCCGAUUGACUAUAUUCGUCAAGACCUCGAGGGCUCUGACAGCCAUACCCGUCGUCGUGCUGCCGUCGACCUGAUCCGAGGCCUCUUGGAGCACUUUGCCCAGCCCGUCACCAAACUGUUUACGCAGUAUAUUGAUGUUCAGAUCCAGAAAUACAACCAAAACCGACAGCAGAACUGGAAAUCAUACGACUCGGCCCUUUAUCUCACGAUGGCCAUCUCAGCCAAGACCUCCUCGGCUCAGACCGGCGUCACUUCCGUCAACGAAUACAUGCCUAUGUUGCCUGUCUUUGAGUCGCAGGUUCUCCCGGAGCUGCAGAGCCCAACUUCAGUGCAUCCCAUCAUCCGCGUCGAUGCUAUCAAGUACCUAAUGGAUUUCCGAAGCCAGAUUUCAAAGACCCACCUGCAAGCUGUAAUCCCCAUCCUGCUUACCAACUUGUCACAACCCAGCUAUGUAGUCUAUACUUACAGCGCAGUGUGCAUCGACCGUAUUCUUGGAAUGCGUGUGGCUGGCAACCGCAGCCUCUUCCGUCCCGAAGAUAUCAGUCCAUAUGUCAAGGAUCUGUUGAUGGCGUUGUUUGGCCUCCUGAGCCGCGCCGGGACGAGCCCCGAAAAGAUCGCCGAAAACGACUAUAUCAUGCGAGCGAUCAUGCGUAUCACCGUGAUCGGGAGCAAGGAGAUCCUUCCCUAUGCCGCUGAUAUCCUGGCCCAGCUGAGCAGCAUUCUUGCCGUUAUCAGCCAGAACCCAAGUAACCCCAAGUUCAACCACUAUGUCUUCGAGACGGUUGCUGCAUUGGUCAAGCACGCAAGCAGAGGCAGCGCUGCCUUGGUCCAGCAGCUUGAGGCCAACCUCUUCGGCCCCUUCCAGGCGAUUCUCCAGCAGGAUGUUGCCGAGUUUAUGCCGUAUGUUUUCCAGAUUCUUUCGCAGCUUCUGGAUCUGCAUCGUGGCAGCGUGCUUCCCGAAUCGUACAAGAGCAUGCUGCCACCGCUCCUGCAGCACUCGCUUUGGGAGUCUCAGGGCAAUGUUCCAGCCCUCGUUUCGCUUUUGCGCUCCUACCUGGGCAUCGCUCCGGUCCUCAUUGCCGAGAACGGCAUGCUUCCUCACUUCCUGGGCGUGUACAACAAGCUCAUCGUCUCCAAGCUGAACGACCAAUAUGGCUUUGAACUUCUCUCGUCGCUUCUGGAGAACGUCCCAUUCACAUACUUUGAGAGCCAAGGCUUUGCCAAGAGCACUUUCUUCCUCCUGCCCAAACGCCUCAGCACUGCCAAAACGGCCAAGUUUACCAAGGAAUUUACCAAGUUCCUGUCGCUGCUGUUUGCUUUGAACAAGCCUGACCUGGGUGCCGACAAGGUCAUCUCGGUCUUUGAAUCCAUCCAACCAGGACUCUUCCGCAGCCUCUUCGAGAACAUAGUCAUUCCGGAGUUCACUCUCGAUAUGCUCCCGGCUGACAAGCGCCUGAUCGCCGUUGGCAUGACGACGCUCCUUGUCAACAGCAAGAUUUUCUCCACGGAGCCGUACCUGCCGCUCUGGCCGCGAACUGUGCAAGACCUGCUCAAGAUGCUGGAGACAGCCAUCUUUGACAACAAGCCUCAGGAAGAGGAGGACUCUUACAUUGACGCCGAGGACAUGGGCUACCAGAACACCUUCACUCGCCUCAACGUCGUCCCGACUCAGAAACGCGAUCCCACCGCCCACCUUGGCGACCCCAAGUUGUACCUUGCCCAGGCACUGAGCAGCCUUAGUGCCCAGCCCGGACCGGUUGCCACUGUCAUCCAGAGCGGCCUCUCGCCUGACGCAGUGACGCUCCUUCAGCAGUACCUGGGCCAUGGCGCUCAAACCAUUCGAUAG